UCCGCUGACGGACUCUGGUGAUCUCGACUGCUGAGUGCACGGAAAAUGAAGGGACAAGCCGAUGCUCGCGCACUUCAGCUGCCUCCGAAAAUGAGCGGUGCGGAAGACAUAGAUAUCGGAGAUUUCGUCAUGCUCGAUGACGACGGAGACAGUCCCACGACACCAGAGUCCAGACACGGUUCUACACGUCAGGUUCCUCUAUAUGGAACACAAGGGGGAUACUCAAGCACUGCGCUGGCAGAGAGCCGGGCAAGGCGGUGGAGUUUGAACGAGCUUAGGCCUCUGUCUUCGACAAUGGUCUCAUCUGAGGGAAGAAUUAUGCCAGUCGGUUCGGACGGGUCGCUUCGAAUCUCGUUCACUGACGAAUGGGUGGCGGAACUGAAAGCGCAGCGGACGAGGGUCUAUAGAACCCUUGAGGAAGCCUUGGAAGAACAACCCGACGUCCGAGUGGUACAAAACUCCCCGAGAGGGAGAAGAUCAGAAACAGUGCCUACAUUGGGAAGCAACGCCGCGGAAUCGCCGGUCGAGAGCAGAAGCCGCAGACGCAGCCGUGAUCGGCAGGACUGUGAAUCGUGUACUCGAGGGUGCUUCAGGGACGAGUCUCCGCAGGGAGGGGAACCCGAUUUUCCCGGAGGACAGAGCGUGACUCCGACGAAGUGUGCGGACAAGGGAACAGCCUCAGAUCCUCCCAUUGAGGAUUUCGAGAAUUCUACACGCCCUUGUUGGGGUUCCUUCUCACACCUGGAGAAACCGGGAGACGGACUCAAGUGCCUGCUUUGCUUUCGUCGCGUCUCGAUAUUUGACAGGGGCGUAAUUUGCCUAGGUGGAGCUCACUAUCACAAGUCUUGUAUAACGGACGUUUACUUCUCGAGGGACGAUCUGCGUGGUGCCCUUCUCGCCCGCCGUGCUUGGAGCAGGUUCGUUUCUCCACGCGAGCCUGAGCAGAAGCGUUCGAAAAUUCAGAAAUUUUUCAGAAGGGUCAAGAAUAUUCUCAAAAGGAGAGCAGCCUACCACGUCCCGACUUAAAAUCGAAUGGCAGAGCGGAAGAGCCGGAAGGCACGAUCCCAUCACUCGAGCUCUCGAGAAGCGAGCGGCAGACAGUAGCUGUCUACCUUAAUUGGAGCACUCCUAGAUCGAGUCUCUCAUGCUUCUGAGUUAAGAUUUUUGAUUUCCCUCACACGUGAAUCCAAAGUGGUUACGCUCACCUUCUCUUCGCGGAAGGGAAUUUUACUUGAUAUGUUGCAGACAUUGUGAUUUUAGAUGCGUUCUGAGGGAACCGAGCUUCCCCAUGGUCUCUGUUGGACUCAAUCCACUCGUAAUAGCAGAAUCCUAAUAAAUCUGAGCUCUCUACCGCCAGUCGUACCGAUCACCCGAGCCCGUUGCAUGAAACAGGUCGAUAAAAUCGGAACUGACUGUGCUCACCCUACAGUUAUCAGCAUUGAAGGAUCGUUUAGCGGUGCGAAUUUCGGAAAUCGCUUCAUUUUAUUUGUAGACACACCGCGUUGUUGAUGAUAACAGAUCGCGACCGAAAGUUCGUGUACUGUUCAUAAGAUCGAUCGUAGUGCUUGUGGCGUUGUUAUCAAUCGAUCUCACCGC